CCCCUUUGUUCCUGAAUACCUCCCCCGGUUGGCAGAGCUUUGUGCUUAGACUCGGUCACUAGAGAGAAUUAAGCUGUCUUUUUGGGAAAGUACAGUAGCCUAGUUUCUCUUCCCCAGUUUGGGAGAGAGUCCCAUCUCCUAUUAAAGGCUGUGAGUAGUGAAGGAUCUGUAAAUUAGACUGUCACAUACAGUGGGAUUAGAUUACUGUCUUUGGAGCCGGAAGCUUGGUUGGAAUUACAAGACCAAUCUGUGGACUCAUUGUCUCUGUGGAAACCAUGAGUGAGCAAACUACCUUUUACCGUAAGGAUGAAAAAGGCAAUAAAAAUGUUGAUGUUUCCUAGUCGGGAAUCCCCAGGGUUGCUUUCAAGAUUGACACCCGACAGCUUGCGGCCUCUGCCAAUCUCCUGAGCGAGCUCCGCCUCCCACCGGACAAGACUGCCCACAAGCUCCCGCUGCGUCUGCCUGCGGCAAAGCCCAGCAACCUCUGCGAGGCCCUUGGCCAAUUGCCCGGGAGGAAGAACCUUGUCGCCAUGGACACGGAGUCCACCUACUCAGGGUACUCGUACUACUCUGGUCGCUCCCGGGGAUCCCACAGACAUGGGGAGCGCAGCCGCGACCACCACAAGUCACGCAGCAAGGAUGGCAGCCGCUCGGAGAAGUCUGUCACCAUCAACGCACCGCCAGCAGAACCACUGCUGGGAGACUCGUCUGUACUGGGGGAGGAGGUCCAGGAUGACAACUGGGGCGAGACCACCACGGCCGUCACGGGGACGUCGGAACACAGCCUGUCCCAAGAGGACAUUGUCCGGAUCACCAAGGACCUGGAGGAUAGCGUGGGCCUGGACUGCCGGCGCUACUUUAGCCUGACCCUGGCUGUGGUUCUGGGCCUGCUGGUCUUCCUCACUCCCCUGGCCUUCCUGGCUCUCCCCCACCUCCUCUGGCCUGACAAGCUCCUGGUGUGCGGCACGGCCUGCGAGGGCCUCUUUAUUUCCGUGGCGUUUAAGCUGUUGAUACUGCUGUUGGCCGUUUGGGCGCUGUUUUUCCGGGCUCCGCGCGCCAGCCUUCCCCGGGUGUUUGUGUUCAGAGCGCUGCUGGCCGUGCUGGUGCUGCUGUUCGUCGUGUCCUACUGGCUGUUCUACGGCAUGAGGAUACUGGACUCACAGGAUGAGAACUACCAGGGCAUCGUGCAGUACGCUGUUUCUCUAGUGGACGCUCUGCUCUUCAUCCACUACCUGGCCAUCGUUCUGCUGGAGCUCAGGCAGCUGCAGCCCGCCUUCUCUGUCUGCGUCACGCGCUCCACCGACGGAGAGACACGCCACUACAACCUGGGCCAGCUCAGUAUUCAGCGGGCAGCAUUGGCCAUCAUAGAAAACUACUACAGAGACUUCUCUGUCCACAACCCGGCCCUGCUCACCGCCUCGAAGUCCCGGGCCGCCAAGCACCUGGCCGGCCUCAAGGUCUAUAAUGUGGAUGGUGAGUUCCCCACAACCCCUGCUACUGAGGCCUUUAAAGCCAAACUGAAAGCUUACCUUUUGGACAGCCCUGGGAACAACGCAGAGGCCGGAUUGGCCCACUCCCAGUCUCGGGCUAUGAUUGCCGCUGCCGCCCGCCGCCGAGACACGAAUCACAACGAGCUGUACUACGAGGAGGCGGAGCACGAGAGACGUGUCCGUAAACGCAAGGCCCGACUGGUGGUGGCGGUAGAGGAGGCCUUCACACACAUCAAGCGUAUGCAGGAGGAGGAGCAGAAGAAAGCCCCCGGGGACGUGAUGGACCCACGCGAGGCCGCCCAGGCCAUCUUCCCCUCCAUGGCCCGCUCCCUGCAGAAGUACCUCCGCACCACCAGGCAGCAGCACUGCCACAGCAUGGAAAGCAUCCAGCAGCACCUGGCCUUCUGCAUCACCAACAACAUGACGCCCAAGGCCUUCCUGGAGAGUUACCUGACCCCCGGGCCCACCCUGCAGUACGGCCGCGAACGCUGGCUGGCCCGGCAGUGGACUCUGGUCAGCGAGGCGUCGGUCACCAGCGGCCUCAAGGAGGGCGCCAUCUUCCUCCUGAAGUGCAUAGACUUCAGCCUGGUGGUGACGGCCAAAAGGAUCCCCUACAUCCAGCUUUCAGAGGAGUUCAUCGACCCCAAGUCACACAAGUUCGUCCUGCGGCUACAGUCAGAGACCUCUGUGUAGAACUGGACAACUGUUUUUACCACCACACACACCUUUUUUUUGUUUUCAAAAUGGUUUUAUUUUAGGUUUGCGGUUUUAUUUGAGGAUUUUUUUAUAUAUGAAUAUAUGUUACACACACGUUGGAAAAUAUUGUCCUUUUUAUCUAUGGUUUACCUGGUUUGAGUUAAUAUAAAAAAAUAUACACCAGUGAUGAAUUUGACUUGUCUUGCAUGCACACACACACACACACACACACACACACACACACACACACACAGAAGAUUGAACUGAACUCUGUGGAGAUGGAUCUAUAGAUGAACAAUGUGUGCAGCACACAACUGCAGAUGUGUCAAUGUCUACGAACACCGUUGUUCCACCUCUGAAAGACUGAUGCAGAGCUCAAGACGAGGAAUUGUUUUAAUUCCAUGGCUCAAGAGGGGGACAUUUCACCGAGGAGUCAAAUGACACUACUGUUGCUAUGGACAUUGCUUCAUUCCCCCUCAGCUUAAACCACUACAGAUGGUGAACUGACACUAUUUAACUUCUGGACAAAAUGUAUCUUUUAACACAAACCGUCUCAGGCCUGUCUGCUGUUCUGAAACUAUAGCUACUUAAUUUACUUUUUUUUUUGCGUUACAUGCACAUGUUCUCUACAUCUGUAUAUUGAUUAUGUAUAAACACAUUGUGAUAUAAUGUUGUUUAAGUCUAUGUACUGGGUCAAUCUCCAUCCCAUUUCCUUAUAUCCCGAUCUGUGGGUGUACAGAGUAAGACAUGAAUAUCAGUAGCCUUCGCUGUUAAACAAAACCCUUGUUUUAGCUGUUAUAGGUGAUUGUUAAAUAGAUAUUCAAAUUCAAUGCCAAUUUAUAUGAUUAACCCCAAGGCUGAAGGCCUUAAAUCUCCAAGGGAUCUUGCUAAAAUAUUUUUAGGCCUCCAAGUGUGUACUGUAGUACUGCUUAUGCGUACAGCAGCACUUUCCCAGGUGCAAUGUCGCAAAACAACAGCAUGUUAUACUGCAGUAGAUCUCGUCCACAAGCCAGCUCUCUCUCUCUCUCUGUAACAGAAGGUUAUUCUGUACUAUGUUAUGUUAUAAGUACUGCUGUCAACAUGGGGGCUCAGAAUGGUCCAUCCAUAUCCCAAAUGAACAGAUACCAAUAUACACUCAUGGCUGGUUUGUAAAGCAGAGCUCUUCAAAUGUUUAAAACCCAUAGUCGCCCAUAUUAGGAAUCCCAUAGGAUCCUGAUUGCUGAUGUAACUCAAAUAUUUCCAGCUUCUGUAAUGGAUUUUGGAGAUGUGCUGCUGUCUCGUUCCCACUUUUCAAUUUUAAAUGGGACGUUCACACCUCCCAGCUUAGUCAUAUUUUGAUAAUGAGUCCAUUUAGGACCUUAUAUUUGCUGAAACUUGACAGCUACCUUUUUAUAAAGCAACACAUUCAUGCCCCGCAUAUAUCUCUUCUCAGGGUUCAGGCUUUCACAUCUAUCACACUUACUUUGCAUGAUAGAGCACUCCGCGAGAGAAAAUGCACAGAUACAACUAAUGUAUGACAUUGAUUUGGACCACAGCCUCAAUCUGCCUGUGUACCUUGUACACGGUACGCAGAACUCUAUUCUGCAGCUAUUACCAUUUAAGGUCUAAGCGGUUAAUUAAGCUAAUCGCCUCUUGAGAUGGUGAGUACGGUACGAGGGUGUGAAGAGGAGCCUCCCUUGUAACUCACCUGUCUGGUUAGUCUUUUAAUACAAUGUCAUCAAGCGAGAUAUCAUGUUGAGCCGUGAAUCUGGGGACCUGAUAGCUUUGAGGAUGAACAUAAAAAUCCCUAAUGACAUCAGAAUCCUAUAUUCUCCCUUAAUGAAUGUGGGUAGCAGAUUGAGAUCCAUCCAGGAUGAGUUGUUUCAGAGGUGAUCAGGAUCCUAUCUACGUAAAACCUCAUAAAUCCCCAUGUUGAAAGACUUCUGGCUUGUCGAGGUCCUCCACGUUAUUACAGCUCUGCGUGUCAUUCCUAAAAAAAAAAAAACUGCCCGUCAGCGCCACCUGGCAGACAAACCAGAAGGUGUCAGACUUUGGUCUGGCAAGGGGUUACUGUUGAUGGGUGCCGACACAUUUUCACACAUUCACAAACAAACGCAUGAUGACGUGUCCGGUUAUAGACAAACCAUUUUUAACGAUUAGCAUGUGGCUCAUAAAAGCCACUUGGAAAUGCUACUCUCUUUGUUUUUCCGUCAUGAAAACAAACAUUUUUAUACUUAUAGCACAGAGUCUUUUGUACCCAUAAUUGAAGGACUUUGUAUGAACCCCAACUCCUGUGACUGUGCCUCUUGUCUUUACACUGUAUGUAUUUAUGUAGCUAAGCGUGUGCAUAUGCCAUUUCCUUGUCACAUGCUCAGCCUUCCCUGUAUUGACUGCAGGUUGACGUUUAUUGGGAUUAGUCUUGCCUUGGAGGCAGAACUGAGCGAUUUCCACUAGAUGUGUCAGCGGAAAAGUCCAAAUUUGCUGUAUGGCAAAAAAUCAUGAAAGCAAAAAUGUGCUUUUUGUUUUUAAUUAAAGGUUACUGUUAGCGGUGUGGUUACGAGCAGGACUUUGUGGCUGUGCCAGGUUGUGACCACUCUGUAGAGCUGCCUCCAGUACACGAGUCUUCCCAAUAAAUGCUAACCUGCGUAUUGACCUCUGUCAUGUUUUGCUGGCCUGGUCACAGAUCUGUUUGUGCUGUUACUGCCAGGUUCUGCUAACCUGGCAGUAACUGAUCUGUGACCAGGCUAAAGGUUAGCCAGGUUGCACCCAUACUGUAGAACUCUGCUUGUUACUGGCCUGACAUCGCAUUGUAACCAAUGUGUCAAUUUCACUAUACAACAGGCAUUUGUGUAAAAUAAACAUUUGUAUGAAGAUUCA